CAGCUAGAACAGGCCCUCUCUCAAGACUGGCCUCUCCGCAUCCGGCUUCCACACAUCCCUCCCGGGAAAGUCAAGGCUUAUUGGAUCCCAAGCCACUCUAGCAUAUUGGGUAACGAUUUGGCCGAAGCCUCUGCCCGCGAGGAGCUUUCAACACCCCCGACUAUACCUCGUGGGUACGUUUCUCUUGAUACCGCGAAAAAUCGCAUCAAAGCAGAAGUAUCGACGGCUAUGAAUGACUACUGGGACCGACAUGCCCCAGUUUCCUACAGGGAGCUUGCCAUUGACUCAUACUCUCGUCAUCCUAAGGAACUCUCAUUAGCCAGACCAUUUCUCUCUAGACUAUACACUGCCCGCUCAGGACGUGGUGACUUUGCAGAAUACCACCGCUGUUUCAAUCACGAGGGCGCUAACCUUCAUUGUGGCUGCAGACAGCUCAAAGCCACAUUGCACUUCCUAGAGUGCCACCUCACCACCCACAGACACCCUCGAGCUCCAGCAUCUUCAAGGGACUCAAAGUAA